UACAUGCAUGUCCAGUGGGGGCAGGUUUAAUUUUGACGACGGCGGGUCCUACUGCGGCGGCUGGGAGGACGGCAAGGCGCACGGCCAUGGCGUCUGCACCGGCCCCAAGGGCCAGGGCGAGUACUCCGGCGCCUGGAGCCACGGCUUCGAGGUGCUGGGCGUCUACACCUGGCCCAGCGGCAACACGUACCAGGGCACCUGGGCGCAGGGCAAGCGCCACGGCGUGGGCCUGGAGAGCAAGGGGAAGUGGGCGUACAAGGGCGAGUGGACGCACGGCUUCAAGGGGCGCUACGGCGUGCGCGAGUGCGGCGGCUCCGGGGCCAAGUACGAGGGCACCUGGAGCAACGGGCUGCAGGACGGCUACGGCACCGAGACCUACUCGGACGGAGGGACCUACCAGGGCCAGUGGGCCGGCGGCAUGCGCCAGGGCUACGGGGUGCGGCAGAGCGUCCCCUACGGCAUGGCGGCCGUCAUCCGCUCGCCCCUGAGGACGUCCAUCAACUCGCUGCGCAGCGAGCACACCAACGGGGCCGCCCUGCACCCCGACGCCUCCCCGGCGGUGGCCGGCAGCCCGGCCGUGUCCCGGGGCGGCUUCGUGCUCGUGGCGCACAGCGACUCCGAGAUCCUCAAGAGCAAGAAGAAGGGGCUGUUCCGGCGCUCGCUGCUCAGCGGGCUGCGGCUGCGCAAGUCCGAGUCCAAGAGCAGCCUGGCCAGCCAGCGCAGCAAGCAGAGCUCCUUCCGCAGCGAGGCGGGCAUGAGCACCCUCAGCUCCGCGGCCAGCGACGUGCACUCCACCGCCAGCCUGGGCGAGGCCGAGGCCGAGCUGUCGGCCAUCGAGGACGACAUCGACGCCACCACCACCGAGACCUACGUGGGCGAGUGGAAGAACGACAAGCGGGCGGGCGUGGGCGUGAGCCAGCGCUCCGACGGGCUCAAGUACCAGGGCGAGUGGGCGGGCAACCGGCGGCACGGCUACGGCUGCAUGACCUUCCCCGACGGCACCAAGGAGGAAGGCAAGUACAAGCAGAACGCGCUCGUGAGCGGCAAGCGCAAGAACCUCAUCCCGCUGCGGGCCAGCAAGAUCCGCGAGAAGGUGGACCGGGCCGUGGAGGCCGCCGAGCGGGCCGCCACCAUCGCCAAGCAGAAGGCGGAGAUCGCAGCCUCCAGGACCUCCCACUCCCGGGCCAAGGCCGAGGCCGCCCUCACCGCCGCCCAGAAGGCCCAGGAGGAAGCCCGGAUCGCCAGGAUCACUGCCAAAGAGUUCUCCCCUUCCUUCCAGCACAGGGAGAACGGGCUCGAGUACCCGCGGCCGAAGCACCAGCUCUCCAGCGACGACAUGGAGGUGCUCUCCACCGGGACGCCCCUGCCGCAGGAGAGCCCGGAGCUGUACCGCAAAGGCACGACGCCCUCCGACCUGACCCCCGACGACAGCCCCCUGCAGAGCCUCCCCGCCAGCCCCUCGGCCAGCCCGCCCCCCGCCCCCGCCCCGAGGAACAAGGUGGCCCACUUCUCCCGGCAGGUGUCCGUGGACGAGGAGCGUGGGGACAUCCAGAUGCUCCUGGAGGGCGGGGGCGGCGACUAUGCCCGCAACAGCUGGGGCGAGGAGAAGGCCGGGGGUGCCAGGGGCGCACGCGGGGGCGCCCUCCGCAGCGGCCACCCCGCGGAGGACUGCCGUGUUCGGGGCUCGGGCCACAAGCCGCCCGGCAAUCCCAAGCCCCGGGAGCGGCGGACGGAGUCGCCCCCCACCUUCUCCUGGACUUCGCACCUCCGGGCCGGCCACCCGGGCGCGGCGGGCCCCCGGCUGCUGGAGCUGGACGAGGACAAGCUGAGCAGCUACGAGACGGAGAUGAAGCCCCUCCUGCGGGUGGACGCGGCCACGCAGGAGACGCACCCCCAGAAAAGACGCUACAGCAAGGGGGGCACCUGCCGGGCCUUGGGGGAGGACCACCGGUCUGAGGAACGGGUCGCGGGGGCGCAGAGACUGAGGUGCAGGUCGCAGAACAAGGAGAACGUCAGGCCGGCCUCGUCGGCAGAGCCCGCCGUGCAGAGACUGGAGAGCCUGCGGCGGGGGGACCGGGCCGAGCCCCGGCUGCUGCGCUGGGACCUCACCUUCUCUCCGCCCCAGAAGUCGUCGCCCGUGGCCCUGGAGUCAGACGAGGAGGCCGGCGAGGAGCUCAAGGCCAGCACGGGCUCGGCCCCCAUCCUGGUAGCCAUGGUGAUCUUGCUCAACAUCGGAGUCGCCAUCUUGUUCAUUAACUUUUUCAUCUGACGAGACUGUGGCGUCGGCAGAGCGUCAGCUGGGGGACAAAAGGGGCGGAGAGGAGCCUCCACGGCAGGCCCCGUCUCGGCCGACGAGCACUUCCGAGCCUUUUCACAGGACCACGUGAUUGGGUAUUAUCACAGUUUGCCUUUUUUUCUGGAUAAUGUUUUUUGGAUUUUAGCCAAAAUUCUUUGCUUGUAUAACACUAUGCUGUGUGGCAUGGCAGGAGGCCAGCACGCCGACCCCCCAGCUUGACGUGGAGACAAGGGAUGCCGGCCAACCAAUGGCAAAACAGCCGC